GGGUAGUUGUUGCAUAGUGUCGUCCAUCCCAUUUUUCAGUGUGAGGAGGACAAGGUCUGAGCCAACAUGGAGACAGAAUCUCCUCUUCAUUAGACGGAAAAACUUUCUUCCCAACAAAUUUACUUCAAGAAGUGCAUGAUGACCGAAUGUGGAAUUAAAUGGGCUUGUGAGUAUUGUACAUAUGAAAAUUGGCCAUCAGCAAUUAAGUGUACUAUGUGCCGUGCUCAGAGACCUAAUGGAACAAUUAUUACGGAAGAUCCGUUCAAAAGUGGUUCAAGUGAAGUCGGUAGAGAUUGGGAUCCUACAAGCACUGAAGGAGGAAGUAGCCCUUUGAUAUGUCCAGAUUCUAGUGCGAGACCAAGGGUUAAAUCUUCUUACAGUAUGGAAAGUGCAAAUAAAUGGUCGUGCCACAUGUGCACAUACUUGAACUGGCCAAGGGCGAUAAGAUGCACUCAGUGCUUGUCGCAGCGAAGGACCAGGAGCCCCACAGAAUCUCCUCAGUCUUCAGGGUCUGGUUCAAGAUCAGUACCCUUUUCUGUUGAUCCUUGUGAAGAGUACAAUGAUAGAAAUAAACUGAAUACAAGGGCACAGCACUGGACUUGUUCUGUAUGUACAUAUGAAAACUGGGCUAAGGCCAGGAAAUGUGUGGUAUGUGAUCAUCCCAGACCUAACAAUAUUGAAGCAAUAGAACUGGCGGAGACAGAAGAGGCUUCUUCAAUCAUAAAUGAGCAAGACCGAGCUCGAUGGAGGGGAAGCUGCAGUAGUGGUAAUAGCCAAAGAAGAUCUCCUCCUACAACCAAACGUGAAUCAGAAGUGAAAAUGGACUUCCAAAGAAUUGAAUUGGCUGGUGCUGUUGGAAGCAAGGAGGAACUUGAAGUUGACUUCAAAAAACUAAAGCAAAUAAAAAAUAGAAUGAAAAAGACUGAUUGGCUAUUUCUCAAUGCUUGUGUGGGAGUUGUAGAAGGUGAUUUAGCUGCUGUUGAAGCAUACAAGUCAUCAGGAGGAGAUAUUGCACGCCAACUUACAUCAGAUGAAGUACGACUGCUAAAUCGCCCUUCUGCUUUUGAUGUGGGAUACACGCUUGUACAUCUGGCUAUACGUUUUCAAAGACAGAAUAUGCUAGCAAUUUUGCUUACAGAGGUUUCACAACAUGCAGCAAAGUGCAUUCCAGCAAUGGUGUGUCCAGAGCUUACAGAACAAAUCCGGCGUGAAAUUGCUGCAUCUCUUCAUCAACGAAAGGGAGAUUUUGCUUGCUAUUUUUUAACUGAUCUUGUAACAUUUACAUUACCUGCAGAUAUUGAAGACUUGCCACCAACUGUCCAAGAGAAGUUAUUUGAUGAAGUACUUGAUAGGGAUGUUCAGAAAGAACUAGAAGAAGAAUCUCCCAUUAUAAACUGGUCUUUGGAAUUGGGUACGCGUUUGGAUAGUAGACUAUAUGCACUUUGGAAUCGGACAGCAGGGGACUGCCUGCUUGAUUCAGUACUACAAGCUACCUGGGGCAUUUAUGACAAGGAUUCGGUGCUACGGAAAGCUCUUCAUGACAGUUUACAUGACUGUUCACAUUGUGCAUGGAAUGAACUAUGCUCACUAAACGAGGAAUUCUUCAUUAUCUUGUCUUCAGAGUCAUGGUAUUCCCAAAGCUUUGGUUUACAUUUCUCACUGCGAGAAGAACAGUGGCAGGAAGACUGGGCAUUUAUACUCUCUCUAGCUAGUCAGCCUGGAGCAAGUUUGGAGCAGACACACAUUUUUGUACUUGCACAUAUUCUUAGAAGACCAAUUAUAGUUUAUGGCGUAAAGUAUUAUAAGAGUUUCCGGGGAGAGACUUUAGGAUAUACCCGUUUUCAAGGUGUAUAUUUGCCUUUGUUAUGGGAACAGAGUUUUUGUUGGAAAAGUCCUAUUGCUCUGGGCUAUACAAGGGGCCACUUCUCUGCUUUGGUUGCCAUGGAGAAUGAUGGUUAUGGCAAUCGCGGUGCUGGUGCUAACUUGAACACUGAUGAUGAUGUUACCAUUACUUUUUUACCAUUGGUCGAUAGUGAGAGGAAGUUACUGCAUAUUCACUUCCUCUCCGCUCAAGAGAUAGGUAAUGAGGAGCAGCAAGAAAAACUGCUCAGAGAGUGGCUAGACUGCUGUGUGACAGAGGGUGGAGUCCUUGUUGCUAUGCAGAAAAGCUCUCGUCGGCGCAAUCAUCCUCUGGUCACGCAAAUGGUAGAGAAGUGGCUUGACCGUUAUCGACAGAUUCGCCCUUGUACAUCCCUUUCUGAUGGUGAGGAAGAUGAAGAUGAUGAUGAUGAAUGAUGAAAUAAAAAUAAAGUAUCAAUGCAUAGUGUCUGAUGACCCCCAAGUUAGAGUUGUGCUCUAGCAGUUUGUUAUGGAUUGAUUUAAAUCUAGCAGAAACAUGCUGUAAAAGGUUUUUCUUACCAGCAUGGGGAGAGUUCAUCUGCUGUGUGAAGAGAGGUUGGACUACAGUUUGUAAAAAAAAAAACAAAACAAAAAGCUAAUUUUAUCAAGACAAAACAUUAGUUUCUUUCCAGUUGCAAAUCUGUCUCUAAAUGUAUCGCAUGUGGUUGUGUAAGAAGUUGUGUAAUAGGAAAAAAGUAUACCAGCAUCUUCAAAUGGAGAAGGAAUUUCUUUCAAAUAAGGGCACUUACAAAAGCACAUGUUAGAUGGAUAUUUGUUCCUUUUGAGAUUUUACUUUUACAGUAGAAUUUGUAUUCUACAUCAUUUUUUAACUUUUCUGACCCAUUUCCUUGAAAGGCCAUUUUAUGUGAGACCUCACUAAUGCCCAGGUCAGAUUGUGAGGUUUUUUUUUGUUUGCACAAAUUAUCCAGAGCAAGUCAGAAGUACAAACAAGUUCAUUAUUUUAUUAUUUUAGUUACUGUUGUGCCCAUUAUAAUAAAAUCAAAUCUUUAAGGAACAAACUGAAGAAGAGCUACAUUUUUCAUUGAAUGAACAUAACUGUUUUCUGAAAAAUCCUUUCUGCUCUCCAUUAAUAUUUCACUUUGUAACACUUAAGAGUAGUCUCUCAGUAUGCUUCAAAUAUUUAUUUAGAAAAAAAUGUUGUUCCAGAGAUUACAUACUAAACAAUUGUGUGGAGUUACCAACUCAAAUGUGAUUUGAGAAUUUCAUAUUGUCCAAACCCAGUCUUGCUGUGACAUGUACAGUACACAAUUUUACUAUGAGUCUUUCACCCUAGUUAAACAUUGCAAGUGAAAACUACCUUUUACUAGGGACAAUCCCUGAUCAUUUAAAUUUGUGAGAACAUGGCAGCUUUAAUAGUUAACAAAAACCUUCAUUCUAAAGUGAUUUUUUUUUUUAAAGCAAAGCACUGUAUUUUAUAUUUCUCUAUGUAAAUCCGGGAAUUUCUUGCAUGUUGACACUUGUGGCCAUACUUAACAUAUUAAGUCCAGCAUAUAUAUUCAUCAGUAGAAAUUUUAUUGUGAUAAAUUUAGCCAUGUAGUUUAUGGGUAAAGUUUAUCUGAAACCAACCUUGCUUAGAAACACUGAAGGUUUAUGCCAGUUUUUUACAAUGCAAUUCAGAUCUUCUUUAAUAAGCACUUUGAAAACUAUGCGUGGUGGGUGAACAGGGAGCUUUGCAGUAGAUGACCUAGAAUUUCAAAAGAAGAUCCAUAAAGUGCAUAUUUUUGUGUAGUUUAAGGCCAUGGAAACACUAAAGAACUUGCUGCUUUUUCUUCCACAUGCUGCUUCGAUGGUAUUGAAAUGUGUGCACAACUCCUAGAUAAUCUUGGUGACAAAACACCAAACAUAUAGAAAUAAUGAAGUGCUGUAUUAAGUUAGCAAUUUUUCCCUCUCCAAUUUCAUUGAAGUUUAUUAUGAACUGUGUCUUCAAGCUUUUGGCCACUAGGUUUCCUUUGAUUGGUGCAUGCACAGAUUUUCAGGUAACAGAAUGCAUGUUUUUUGCAGUAUAUGUAUGAAUUACCUGAGUGAAAAUAGAAGAAUCACAGAUAGUGAACAGGUUCUAUCUUAUAUAAUAUUGAUUUCAGUUUGCUUUCUAAGUUGUAGUGAGGAAAGUUAAUACCUUGUCCUCAUUCUUCCAAGCUGUUGUUGUUACUUUACAGUGAAAUCCACAUGUACCUUGAGCAGUGGAUAAUUUAAGUAAGUUAAGAGCUCAUGCAUUCAUUUCAGUAUGCUCUGUGAAGUGGUAUUGACAAACACACAAAUAGCAGGUAACACUUUACUUCAUUGAUUAUCUUCCCCCACAUGACAGGCUGUUGCUGCAAGUCAUAUGAAGCAAGAUUCAAAUACCUUCCUUUUGAAAGAUGUUGCAAAAGCAAGAUUUGUCUUUCCUCUAACAUUGGUGGACUGCACCCAAAUUUGACUGACUUGGAGGAACUGCGCAUCCUUUCAUUUUGAAAUUUAGUUUAAUGUCCGUUUACUAUACAAUCAAUUACAGCUUUUGAUUUAAAUAGCAAACCAAACCCCAUACUGUCUAAUAUCUAUGCCUCCCUUUUGUUAUGGAUUGACACUUUUGAUAUUUUUUGUACAGUUUUGCUAAACAUUACUGCUUGCUUCUAAUCUGUAAAUGACAGGUUCAGGCUAACAUGCCUCAUUGUGUUUUCAAAAUUAAGUGAGACUUUUAAACAAAAAACCCUAGGUAAGCCCCACCCCAUUUAUCUGAUGACUGUGCACUUGCAUGCAUUACAAUAGAUGAAAGGGUAAUCAGUUGGCCUUUUCCCAGCACGCAAGCCAAUGUACAUUAAUCUCGGCAUAUAACAUACUUGAAGGCUUGGUGGGGAAGUCCUAUAUUGACCCAAUCGAUAUUAAAUUUACCAUUUGGCAUAGUGGUGAAGACAUAAUAGCACAAUAUUUGGCUUUUUAUUUCAAACUCUUGCCCUGCUGCAUUUGGGAAUUGUCUUUGACUAUUCAUGAAUUCUAAUAGACUUAAUCUCUGUGUUGCUUUUGUUUUAAUAUAUUAAACCAAAGUCUGCUGAAAUCGUCUGGAGUGCUGCUAUAGCAUAGCUUUUAAGCAGCAUUCCUAGACUGUUUCCUACUUUGUUAAUGAAGUAGUAUUGCCGAGCAUUUUUGAAGAAUGCAGAAUUCUUGUUUUAAUUGAGAAGUAACUUUUGUGAGCUUUACUGUAUGAAGUAGUGGCACUUUGGCCACUUUUAUCCACAGUCUAUAUUGUGAUAAACUCUGCUUCACAUUGUCCUUGAUUGAUGGAUGAGCCCCCAUCUUUCCUUGUAUUAGUACAAAAGCAGCAGUAAACUGGCUUGCAGGUAAAGAAAAAGCCACAAAUCUUGAGGAGCAGCUAUUUGGCAUACAUUAUUCUCUCCUUCCCUUGCAUACUAACUUUUCAGUCUGAAAAAACUUGCAGCAUACCACUGUCAUAUUUCUUUGGACCCAGUAAUAUGUCUUAAGUUAGGGUGGACACAUUCUCACCUAUUCCUUGUGUAUUUUGUUGGUGUUUGCACUACAGACAGUUGAAUCCCUCUGUACUGGUCACAACUCCAGAAGUACAGUGUUGUUUUUAAACUGAAGCCUGUUACUAUGAUACUUUGUCUGUAACGUUUGGAUUUUUUUAAAUUCAUUUUUAGUUCUUGUUGAACUGUAAAACUUAAUUGGAAGCUAUUGUCUAAGUUUGCUCUGAUUUGCAUCUGGUCUUAUUUUUCAUAAGUACUGGAUGACAGCAUACAGCAUCUACCAUUUUCUGCAAGAUUUGUGCUGGGACACUUAUUUUCCAGGUUCAAAUUCCACUGCUGGCAAUGGAUGCACUAGGAACUACUGGCACAAAUUAUUCUGUUUCAUAGUACAGUAUUUACAUCCAUCUGAAAUGCAACUACUUAUUUUAAAACACAAUGACAGUACCAACAAGUUAUUUUUAAAAUAGUCACUUCAAACCUUGACAAUAUGAAUUAAAUGAUUUCUCUUGUUUUAUCCUCA